AAAACUAGGAAAAAGAAAAGAACACAGGAACAAAAAAAGAAAAUUAAGGGAGGGAAGAAAAGGAACUCCCUCCGGCUCCUCCGAUCCCACCCACCCCGGUCUCGCUCUCGCCUCCUCACCGCCGAUCGAUUCGUUCCUCGGCUUCCUCCUCCCGGAUCCACGAAGCCAAGCCAAAGCCAAGCACGGGAGCCGCGCGCCCCUCCACCGCUCGGAAGGAAAACAAGGCGACCGCGAAGAGAGGAAUCAGCUCGGGGUGAUGAAUUGUUACGCUGUAUGGACGGAGCAAGCGAGAAGCCUCCCCACAAGGACUAUUACAAAGUUCUGGAGGUUGAUUACGAUGCAUCUGACGACAAUAUCAAAUUGAGUUAUAGAAGAUUAGCUUUGAAGUGGCAUCCAGAUAAGCAUAAGGGGGAUAAUGAUGUCACAGCUAAAUUUCAGGAGAUCAAUGAAGCCUACACAGUUCUAAGUGAUCCGGCUAAGCGUCUUGAAUAUGACCUUUCUGGCUGUUACGAGUUAAAUCGAUAUACUUUGCGUGAGUACCUUACAAGAUUUAAGGGUAUGAUACUUACCUGCAAUGGCCUCGGCAUAGACCAUUCUUCAAAAUGGGCCCGACAUUUGAGGGAAUUGGAGCCUCAUUGAUCUACAGGUACAUAUAUUUGUCCAUUAGCUGUUUUUUUAACACAACCAUGGAUACGACAGGGUAUGUGUCUGUUCUUUGUAACACAACAAUGUAUUCUGUCGUAUACCAGUGUAAUUUUGCUGCAAAGAAUGCAUGCACUCAAUUUCCAGACGUAUUUUGGCUUCUCACAAAAAAUGAGCUAUAUGGUUUGUGCCGUUGUGGUGAUUAACUUCUCACAAAUACAAAUUAAACCUAUCCUUUCUCAUGAAACAUGG